GUCUCUCGGGCGAGGCGCUCCAAGGGUUAAACCUAGAGACUGCCCAUUGCCUAGAGAGGCCCAGGACUCUUGGAGAGAGUUUUUUUGGGGGGAUUUAAAUACUGGACGCACCUUCCUGUUCUGUUCUAGCUACCCUGGGGAGAAAGAAAAAGAAAAAAAUUGGCUUUGGGAUUUCCCAGGAGUAGUAUUGUUGGGGGAGGUCGGUGCAUUUGGAGGAAAGAGAGAAUCUCCACUGCAUAAGUAUGUUGUGUGACGUACCGCUUGUUUAAAAACACAAAAUCCCCACUUCUAUGGAAAACGACCUCUUCUUUUGAACAUACCGCAGAGCAGGGCUGUGAGAGCAGCAAAGAGGAAUCCGGAAGAUUCCGACAAGUUCUCAGGGAGAGGGUGUCUAAAAGUCCAGAGCUCCACUCUUUUCUCUGAGAGGAAAUGGCAACCAAGAAAGGGUCUGCACCGGCUGGUAGAUGCCAGGCCACACCAGCGCCUUCAAGUGUCAAAAUGGAGGAACGUGACCCAGCAGGCCCCAAGCCAGCCGAGGGAGCAGAAAAAGCAGGGAAAUCUCCUCGUGUCCUUCAGGUUGGGACCAUCAGAGAGUUCCUUGACUGGGCCGCCCCGCUGCAAGUGAAACAGGAGCCCGAUGAGGGUUUGCCCGAAUGCUGGGAAUCCCAGUGGCAAGAGUUCCUCCGGGCCAUGCAGUCUUCUCACUUGGGAUGGGGCAACCCACCAAUGACAGAGGAGGCUGCGCCAUGGGGAGACAACAAGGCCUUCUUCGCCUCCUUCGAGCGGCUAGCCGGGACCUGCCACUUGCCUCGACGGGAGUGGCUGGCCCGCCUGCUGCCUGUCCUGAGCCGGGAGGCCAAAGAGGCCUACAGCAACCUCAGCCUGCAGGACCGAGGAGAGUACGGCAAAGUUAAGGCGGCCAUUUUGAAGGUGGACGCCAUCCGCAUGGAGACGCAGCGCCAGCGCUUCCGGCAGUUCCGCUACCAUGAGGCCAAGGGUCCCCGGGAGGUGUGCGGCCAGCUCCGUGAGCUGUGCCGCAGUUGGCUGAAGCCGGAGAAGCACACCAAGGAGCAGAUCUUGGACCUCCUGGUUCUCGAGCAGUUCCUUACCCUCCUGCCCCAGGAAAUCCAGAGCUGGGUGAGGGAGCACGACCCGGAGACCUGCGCCCAAGCGGUGCCACUGGCUGAGGCAUUCCUGCUGAGGCGGCGAGAGGCCGAAAGGAAGGAAAAACAGGCACUGGAAGCCCCAGCUGUGAAUCGUCCCGAGGCAAAGCCAUCUCCCAUGGGUCCCGGACUGAAGCGGCUGUGCAGAGAGGUGAAGCAAGAGGAAGCCAGAGCACUGGACAAAGGUGGCUCCAGCAGUGACUAUGUGGAGAGGAGAGGAAACCGGAGCACAGAAAACGGCCUGAAGACUCCUAGCAGAGCCCGGCCGGGGGAAAGGCACUUCCAGAGUCCUGAAGGCAGGAAAGGUUUCCACCAAAACCCGGCCCUCAUUAAACACCAGCGAGUCCACGCGGCAGAGAGUCCCCACCAGUGCCCGGAUUGCGGAAAACACUUCACUCAGCGCUCCAGCCUCACCAUCCACCGGAGAAUCCACACAGGGGAGAAGCCGUACCCUUGCCCCCAGUGCGGGAAGUGCUUCCGCCAGAGCUCGAACCUUCUCAAACACCAGAGAAUCCACUCGGGCGAGAAGCCGCACCAGUGCCCCGAGUGCGGGAAGUGCUUUGCUCAGCGCUCAAACCUUCUCAUCCACCAGAGGACCCACACCGGUGAGAUGCCCUACGUGUGCUCGGAGUGCGGGGCCUGCUUCAGCCAGCACCGAGGCCUGGUCACCCACCAGAGGAUCCACAUGGAAGAGAUGCCCUAUGGCUACGGCUGCCCGGACUGCGGCAAGUGCUUCCAGCAGAACUCGGACCUCACCAAACACUUGAGGGUCCACACGGGCGAGAAGCCGUACAGCUGCCCCGAGUGCGGGAAGAGCUUCAGCUACAGCUCGAACCUCAGCAAACACCAGAGGAUCCACACGGGCGAGAAGCCCUACCUGUGCAACGUCUGUGGGAAAAGCUUCAGCCACUUGUCGACCCGGAACACGCACCAGAGAGUCCACACAGGGGAGAGGCCGUACGGAUGCACCGAGUGCGGGAAAAGGUUCAUUUCCAGCUCAAAGCUCACGAGACACAUGAGAACGCACUCGAUAUACACCCCUUACAUCUGCAACGAGUGUGGGAGGAGCUUCAGCACUCACUCCUCCCUUACCACACACCAGAGAAUCCACUCCGCUGAGAGCUACAGCAUGGGGAAUUCUUGGGAGGCCGCUGAGCAGGGGCCCAGCAGCCUCUCUGGCCGGGUAUCACUUCUGUGACUGGUGCCUCUUGCCCUGUCCCUUUAUGAUUUAGCCUUUCCUGGUCACACAGGUCCAUCUCAGCACUCGUAGAAAGGGUGCUAGUCCCUAAGGUGCUUGGAAUCGGGAGGACCUGCGCAAUGCAGGCAGGAAGCGGGAAUAGAAUGAGGGUCUAGGAUUAGUCUGGUGGCUUUUUGGAAAAUAGAAGUAGGCUGAGAAUAGGAUAGUAAGGGGGAAUGGAAGCGAGAUUUCAGGCUUAUAUUGGCGGUUAGUUUUAGAAGUGGUGUGAUGGCUAGUGCAGAACAGAGGAGCAAAGAAGUUUGUCGUAGGCUGCUUCCCCAUCAGCACAAAUGGGCCUCCUUUUAGCGAAACGUGCCCCUAGCUGCGGUUUAGCGACGCAGUAGCUAGAUAGAAACUCCAGUUGCAGAGGCAGUAUAUCUUCGAACCAUCUGCCUGGCACAGGGCAACAGGAUAAAAUUAUUUGAUUCCUACCAUGUUUGUUAGCUUAAUGGUAAGUAGCUAGAUCAUU